AUGAUUCAUCAGCACGGAAGUGGAAGUCAGCUGAUCGUCUAGUCCAGCUGGAAGUUGGUUGCUGAAAGCUCGAUUAAAUUUGAAACGUUUAUUAAUUUGUUUUGUUUUUUUGCGUACUUUUCCUUUAAAUUAUGUUGCGUCCUAAAGCACUAACACAAGUACUCAGUCAAGCAAACACAAGUGGUGUACAAAGCACAUUAUUACUGAAUAAUGAAGGCUCCCUGUUGGCCUACUCUGGAUACGGAGACACUGAUGCAAGAGUCACUGCAGCUAUUGCCAGUAACAUCUGGGCGGCCUAUGACAAAAACGGACAUCAAGCCUUUAAUGAGGACAAACUGAAAUUAAUUCUGAUGGAUUGUAUGGAGGGCAGGGUGGCCAUUACCCGUGUUGCAAACUUGUUGCUUUGCAUGUACGCCAAGGAAACUGUAGGAUUUGGAAUGCUUAAAGCCAAGGCGGAAGCUCUAGUGCAGUACCUUGAAGAACCACUAACACAAGUGGCAGCGUCAUAGGGUGUUUUUUUAAAUAUUUUGACUAACGUGUAUUUAUGUACAUUAAAUCCCAGUUACAAAUUUUGAACAGAAUCUUCUCAAGCAAUCACCCUUUAUGAUGUUGAAAUAUAUUAUCUGUGCCUUUAUUUAUUUGCAUUCUCAAUAUGAUCCCUAUUACAAAUUGUGUGCAUAUUACACUCAAUCUUUGCAUGAUCAUGAACUAAUCCAUUUGAUCUGCAGUUUUCCAAUUUUUAUUUUCUUGUUUUGUCCUCAAUAAGAUUUUUACAGUUGCUGAUCAGGCUGUGUCUAGUGUUGAGCAAUAAUAAAAAAGAAAAAAUUA